AUGGAGAGAAUACUCUUGAGCAGAGCUCUACAGGCGCCAUUUGGCCUCCGAGCUGCGAUGACCACGCCAACAAGACAAGCCAUGCAUGUCUCAUCAGUUCGGCAUGCUAGCUCCGCUCCAUCAAUCGUGCAGACUUCAUUCUGGAAGUCGCUGAUCCCUAAGCCGUUGCGCCGCCGCAAGCAGCCCUCUGUAGACUGGGGAACACCCGACUAUGGGGUGAAGAAGAAGCCGAAAUCGAAAGAGUGGAAUCCGGCAACAUUCUACAUUGUCAUUUUUAUGUUCAUUGGGUCCAUGUCGAUCCAGAUGAUUGCGCUGAGGAAAGACUUCAACACUUUCAUGAGACGAUCGGAUACGCGCAUCGGUGUGCUGCGAGAGGUGGUUGACAAACUGCAGAGAGGGGAGGAGGUCGAUGUGGAGAAAGCGCUGGGCACGGGUGAUGCCGAGAAGGAGCAAGAGUGGGAAGCAGUGUUGAGAGAAAUCGAACGCGAUGAUGCCCUACGAAACUCACGAAAAGGCGAGAAGAGCAAGCAGGCGGCGCUCACGAAAGUAGGAACCGAAGUCGACGACAUCAAAGCACAACAGACGCCCGCAGCGACGGCGACAAAGACAGAACCAACGAAAGAAAAGGCAGCAACGAGCUAUUCAAGUUUCUUCUAA